AUGCUUUUUUAUACAACUACAACUGAUUCAACUAGUCCUCUAACAAUAUUGACAACUACUCUAAAACAGACUUCAAUAUGCGGUGCUGAAUGUCUUAAUCGUGCUUUACGCGCUGUUAUAUUUGGUGUAAUGCCUAUGAUUUCUAUACUCAUUUGUCUCGCAUUAAUUCGCAUUAUCAUCAGUAAAGUUGAAAUUUUUUAUUAUCGUCGACAAAAAAAGUCGCAUCGUCGAAUAUCGCUAUCAGCAUACCAGGCGGGACGUCUAGUUCUUCCCUACACACCUGUGGCCCCGGCCGAACUACAGCGAAUUAUUCAAGGUGAACAUUCGACAGCACCAAGAAUAGAAAAUAGCAAACAGAAAUACGGUGGAAUAACGACGAAUAAUACCUCGUCAAUAUUUUUGCAAACAUCAGAUGAUACAAAUACCAGUAGUAAUCGAAAAACAUUCUUAAAAUCAAUCACCACAAGUAAAGUGAAACAGCCCUCAGCGAGUACAUUAUCGUCUCUAGUUAUGAAAAGAGACAAUGUUGAAGCUAAUCCGUUUAUGUCACUCUUAACUACAUCACAAACACCAGUAAUAUUGAAUGUGUCAAAUGAAACAGAGUUUAAUGAUAAUACUACAAGGCAAUAUUUAUGUGUUAGACGAGAAUCUGUUGAAACCAUUUCGAUUAGUUCAUCAGUUCCAGGACGAAGUUCAGACAUAUUGGAUUUUUACUACAAUAUAUCAGAAGAACCUCAAACAACAGAUGAAAUCGAAACAACAACAGUGGUUGUUCAAGAAUCAACAGAAAACUAUCAAUUAAAUCCUUCUCCUCUAACAGAAGUAACAUAUGAAAGUACGAAAAAUGAAACAUCAGCCCUAUCAUUGUCAGAUAACAAUUAUGAACAAAAGUGCUCACCUUCUCCAUCAAACGAGUGCUUAGCUCAACCAUCUUCAUAG